AUGACAACUAUUACGAAUCAAUGGGCCGCAGCGCUUGCAAAUGCUCCGAACAAGAGAACGGAAACUGCUCAGGUGCAUGCGGAAAACAGACAUCAUCGACAAGGAUCGAAAUAUGGUGUUUCUGCUAAUGGUAAUAGUAAUGCUACAGGAAACGGAUAUACAUCGAUUAACAACUUCAACAGGGCACAACUCAUUCAGGUGACCAAUUCAAAAUUCAAAUAUUUGGAAUCGCAGGCGGCAAAUCACAAAAAUGUGACAUUUUAUAGUAGAAGUUCAGAACAGCAGCAGCCUUGGACAAGGGCAAGAAAGAAGCCGGAGGAAAAACAGAAGAUUGAUUUUCUCAAAGAAAUAAGCAAAUAA